AUGGGUGAUUUCUCUGGGGCUGAGGAAAUAGAUGUAACCAAUGAAAAGCAAAGUGUGUAUAAGCAGAGCACCUACAACAAGGCAUACAAAGAAGGCAUGGAGGUCAACUGCAAGUACGUCAAGCGGAAACAGCUGACGAACUACCUAUCCCAAGAGGACCUCGACAAAUACAAGCCCAAAGUAGAGGACGGGCAGCCCCAGACCAUCAGACAGAAGAGAAAGUCGGACGUCGGAUCCCAAGAUUCCCCCAGCAGAGAAAGUCCAGAGAAUAACAAAAAGCCCAAGAUUGACGGGAAUCUCCUCCUCAUUUUCCCUCCCGUGAACCAAAUAACAGUGUAUAAGCAGAGCACCUACAACAAGGCAUACAAAGAAGGCAUGGAGGUCAACUGCAAGUACGUCAAGCGGAAACAGCUGACGAACUACCUAUCCCAAGAGGACCUCGACAAAUACAAGCCCAAAGUAGAGGACGGGCAGCCCCAGACCAUCAGACAGAAGAGAAAGUCGGACGUCGGAUCCCAAGAUUCCCCCAGCAGAGAAAGUCCAGAGAAUAACAAAAAGCCCAAGAUUGACGGUGAUUUGACUGCUCAGGCCACUCUGAAUGGUGAUGACUCCAAUAUCUCCAUAGACGAAGCAUUUUCUAACACGUCAAUUCCAGGCCUAGCUCCAGAAAUAAAUGCAGCACAGCAAUCAUUACCAUUGUCUAGCUGAGGGUAGCAGAAUCUGGCAGCAUCUAGGCUCUCAAGCAUUGAACUUCCUGAUGUCCUCACCCCUGAACCUCCUCAACUUGCAGCCACACGAAACAAUUUCAUAAUUCACUUCAAGUGAACCAUGCUGAAGGUGGAGGAAUGUGCUGUGAUGUGCAGUGGAAAAGGAAAAUGAGGAACAUUUAAAGGUUGAUGAAUUAAUGGAUGAUACAUCACACAUUUUUUUAGAGUGAUACAUUCAGUGGGAAAGAUUAUUAUUGCCCAAGUAACUCUUUGGUUCAUUCUAGGAGCCUGAAAUCAGAUGUUGGCAGUUUAAGUGGUUAUAUCCGAGCCUUGGUAAAUGAGUAAGGGUACGAGGAAUGAAAAGGUCGUCUGCAUCUGUUGACUUGGUCUUGUCUCAUUCAAGGAGGAUUUUUAUUUCAUUUUCUUUUGGCAAAAGUUACACAUUUGGUUCUUUUAUACUAUAUAUAGAUAUACUUCCUUUACCAAUAUGUAUGUUCCUCCAAGUGGAACAUAACUUUUCUCCAGACUUUGUUUUUAAUGACUUUUCAUCAUAUAUUAAUUCAUUCACAAAUGAAAUUGUAACCAGAAGUCUUUAAGUAGUGGUUCUGAUUGUAACCUGAAAUUGUGCCCAACAAUAUGAUCAUGCUUUCAGAGACUUAAGCUUGAUGGUUUAGUGGUUGAAUGUUGGUAUCACAAUGGGACAAAAGUGCAAAAAAAUGAGAAAUAGAUAGAUAAAAUGGUAAAAAAACAACAAAAACAAAAACAAAAAAACAGCUUGAAUGAGGAGCUGGGACAUUAGUAAAGGGCAUCAUAUGCCUAUUUGUAUAAAUAAGAAAGUACUGUAACUAAUUGGUAGUGAAUUUCUAAAGGCAACGGACAUAGCAGUAAUAUCAGGGUUAAUAUAUCUAUUUUUUCUGGGAUUUUUCAUUUUAUUAUGAGAUACAGAUCUUAUUUUCACUGCUAUAAAUUCACCAUGCCACCUGCUAGUGCUCAAGAUCAUGAUAUUGAUAAUUAACACAGUGAUGUUGAAUACUAAGUAUUUGAUGAGGUAAUUGACCUUGAUGGUGUGUGCUGUUACAGUAAUGAGCACUUACAAGCAUUUCAGUUUGGAAAGUGGUAAAUAUCAGUGAAACCUUUUUUAAAACACUGUAAUUGAACACAACAGCCUUACAUUGUAAUGCUUGGUAUGAAUGAAUUCUAGCCAUUCAUUCAUAGAGAAAUUAAGUUUGCCAAAAAAUUAUAUACUUCAGUGUUCUCAAAUAAAAUAAUCAUGUAAUUAGUAUAUCAGCCGGGACACUUUUAAUGUAGUACUAUUCAUUCCGCUAAUCUUAGUGUGUACGCAUAUAUCAUUCAAUCAAUGGUAAAAAGGCAUGGUUGAUAACAAUAUUUAUUUAUUUUUUUUAAUUAUGAUUUUUUUUUAUUUUUUUAUCAUUUUAAAUUCAUUUACAAGAUGUUGAUAAGCCAAAUAUAGUAUAUUUGUGCUGGGUAUCAUAAUUUUAAGGGUCAUGAUGAAAAGGUCAUAUCCCAAUCAAUACUAAUAGCAGGCAGUAGCAACUUUCUGAUUUUAAAUUUUGCUCUUUACGAGUGAUUGGAAUUUUGUUUAGUUGUCAUGCUCAAUAACUGGGUCUAUAUAUGAAUAUAUAAAAGAGAAAAUCGUAAAUAUGCAUAGACACUCACUCUCUCUCAGAUAUGUACACACUCAUUUUCUCACAUUCACACUCACACUCACACUCAUACAUACUCACACUCACACUCACUUUUACUCUGUUACUCACACUCACACAUAACACUAACAGUAACAGUAACACAUGCACUCAUUCACCCACACUUGUACUCAUUCAUGCACUCAUUCUCACUUUCUUACAUAACAACAUUCACCCAAACACUCACAUCUGUAGAAAAACACACUACUUGCUCACAUACAUGCACACAUCAUGUACACAUACAUGCACACACAUAUGCACACAUACAUGCACACACACACAUGCACACACACAUGCACACACACAUGCACACACACAUGCACACAUACAUGCACACAUACACGAACACAUACACGAACAGAUACAUGAACAGAUACAUGAACGCAUACUUGAAUGCACACACACACACACACACACACACACACACACACACACACACACACACACACACACACACACACACACACACACACACACACACACACAUACACACAUACACACAUACACA